AUGAGAUCCGUCAGUACCGACUUCAAGACAAUGUCAGCGGAACAACUUCAACAAACUCCGAACGCAGACCUGCUGGUCGCUGAUAAAGUAGGUGACUUGAACAUCAAUGAGGGAUCCUCUCCUGCUCCAGAAAACGCCGAGGAAGGCGCCGGUGGUGAAGCUGACAAAAAGAAGAAGAAGAACAAAAAGAAGAAGAAGAAGCUCACAAACAUUGCCUCGUCUUACCCUGAUGGUGUUUACCCUGAGGGUCAAUGGAUGGAGUACCCAUUGGAGGUGAACAGUUACAGAACCACCGAUGAGGAGAAGAGAUACUUGGACAGACAGCAAAAUAACCGCUGGCAAGACUUCAGAAAGGGUGCUGAGAUCCAUAGAAGAGUUCGUGCCAAGGCACAGCAGGGUGUUAAGCCAGGAAUGACAAUGCUUGAGAUUGCUGACUUAAUUGAGAACUCUGUUAGACAAUACGUGGGCAAUGACCACCCAAAGAGCCAGGGUAUUGGUUUCCCUACUGGUUUGUCUCUCAACCAUGUUGCUGCCCAUUACACCCCUAACCUGGGUGAUAAGGUUGUCUUGAAGUACGAGGAUGUGAUGAAGGUUGAUAUUGGUGUCCAUGUGAAUGGUCACAUCGUGGACUCUGCAUUUACCAUGACCUUUGACGACAAGUACGAUCCUCUCUUGGAGGCUGUUAAGGCUGCUACCAACACUGGUGUCAAGGAAGCCGGUAUUGAUGUCAGACUUAACGAUAUUGGUGCUGCCGUCGAGGAAGUCAUGGAGAGUUACGAGAUGGAGGUGAACGGUAAGACUUACCCAAUCAAGUGUAUUAGAAACUUGAACGGUCACAACAUUGGUGACUACACCAUCCACUCGGGUAAAACUGUGCCAAUUGUUGCCAAUGGUGACAUGACCAAGAUGGAGGAGGGAGAGACUUUCGCCAUUGAGACUUUCGGUUCUACCGGUAAGGGUUACGUCAUUGGCCAGGGAGAGUGCUCGCACUAUGGCUUGAACCAGGAUGUUGACGUUAAAGCCCCUACUGAGAGAGCUAGACAGCUCGUGGACACUAUCAAGGAGAACUUCGGUACCCUUCCAUGGUGCCGUAGAUACUUGGAGAGAACCGGAGAGGAUAAGUACCUCCUAGCACUCAACCAAUUGGUUCGUGCUGGUAUUGUUGAGGACUACCCUCCAUUGGUUGACACUCUGGGCAGUUACACCGCCCAGUUUGAGCACACGAUCUUGCUUCACCCACAUAAGAAGGAAGUUGUGUCGAGAGGAGACGACUACUAA